GUGAAGGGCAUUUGCAACCUCCAGCGUGCGUUGCUCUGUCUCAUCCGCCAAGCGCCUCAUGCGUAUCGAAAGGAUGCUGCUGUUUGUUCUACUCGUUCUAAGUCGCAGUACCCUAGGGUUACCUAAUGUUGAUGCGAUCACUGUCCCACCUUGGGUAUCUACAGAAAGUCAGCCAGCAAUAACCAGUGUACCGGUAACUACAAGAGAGAAAGCUGAUGACUUGGGCAUACGAUUGCCUAGCUCCUUGAAACCACUCCAUUACCUGGUCAAACUCCAACCCUUUAUCAAUGGCAACUUUAGCAUCUUCGGCUACAUGGAGGUGGAGAUGGAGGUGCUGGAACCGACCUCCAAAAUCACGCUCCACAUGGCCGACAUCAUCACUAAAAAUGACACAGUAAUGUUGUCCACUGUGGGCCAAACGCCAGGCCGAGAUCUGUGGAUCAAGAAGCACGAGUACGAUCAUGAUCGUCAGUUUUAUAUCCUCCAUUUGACGAGAGAGCUACAGAAGGGGAGAAAAUACGUGCUCUCCAUGGAGUAUCUUGGCUAUAUCAAUGAUAAGCUGCACGGCUUCUACAGAUCGACCUACAAGGAUGUUGACGGCCACACAAGGAACGUGGCUGUGACACAGUUCCAGCCCACCGACGCCCGUAAAGCCUUUCCUUGCUUCGAUGAGCCCGCACUGAAGGCAACCUUUGAAAUUCACCUCGCAAGGGAAUCUUGGAUGACGAGCCUCUCCAACAUGCCCAUCGCCGAAACUCUGCCUGUCAUCGGACAAGAGGGCUGGGUGUGGGACCGAUAUGAGAAGAGCGUCCCCAUGUCCACCUACCUCGUCGCCUUCAUCGUGUCGGACUUCGCUCACGCCAGGACCAUAGUGAAAGGCAACGUAUUAUUUCGAGUGUGGGCACGACAAGCAGCGAUAGAUCAGUCAGAGUACGCGAUGGAGGUCGGCCCCAAGAUCUUGAAUUACUUAGAAGAAUAUUUCAAUCUGCCUUUCCCCCUCCCGAAGAUAGACAUGGUUGCUUUAACCGACUUCUCUGCAAGAGGCAUGGAGAACUGGGGUCUCUUGACUUACAAAGAAACGUUCCUCCUGUACAACCGGGAAGUAUCAACCCUAGAUGCGAAGAUGGGUGUUACGGAGAUAAUAUCACACGAAUUGGCUCAUCAGUGGUUCGGUGAUCUUGUUACACCUGUAUGGUGGGACGACAUCUGGCUCAACGAGGGAUUUGCAUCCUACAUAAGUUUACUUGGAAUGAAUCAUGCACAGCCAACUUGGAAAAUAAUGGAAACAACCAUCAUAAAAAGACUCCAUGGUGUGUUCGGUCCUGACAGCCUGGAGUCCUCACACAAGAUCAGCAUUCCCGUUGGUCACCCAGACGAAAUCGCCGAAGUCUUUGAUGCCAUAUCCUAUCACAAAGGAGCAUCUAUCAUCCGAAUGAUGGCCCAUUACCUCACCGAGGGAGCGUUUAGGAAGGGCUUGAACAACUACCUAAACUUAUUCAAGUACAAGAAUGCCGUGCAAGAUAACUUAUGGACUUGCAUGACAAUGGUGGCCCACCAGGAUGGCAUUCUACCUCAGGACGUGACUGUGAAGAUGAUCAUGGACACGUGGACACUGCAGAUGGGCUACCCCGUCAUCAAGGUGAUAAGGAGCCCAGACGGAUUCUCUGCCAUUUUGACACAGGAACGGUUCCUCUUAGAAAGGAGCGCAAACUCUUCCGACACCACGGAUUACAAGUGGUGGGUGCCGCUGACUUACACGACCCAGAGUGAGGCCAACUUCAACCAGACUCAAGCCAGUCUAUGGAUGAAGGACUCUGAGUAUCACAUCACCGUCUCAUCCCUUCCCCCGAAGGACCAGUGGGUCAUCUUCAACCUGCAGGAGACGGGCUACUACAGAGUCAACUACGACGACCACAACUGGAAUCUUAUUAUCCAGCAGUUGAAGAAAGACCAUCGAGUUAUUUGCCCCAUCAACAGGGCGCAGAUAAUCGAUGACGCUAUGAACCUUGCUAAAGCAGGUCACCUCAGCUACAAGAUCGCCAUCGGUGUAUAUGCCUAUCUACGAAAUGAAGGUGAAUAUCUGCCUUGGGCUACAAGCGUCGACACACUCGGCUACAUAAAGAGGAUGUUCCAAAGUAAACCCGGAUUUGGCGCUCUUAAGAGCUACCUCCUGGAUUUAGUGUUACCGUUCUAUGAAGCUGUCGGGUUCGAUGACAAGAUAGAUGAUCCUUACUUAGAGCAAAAGAAGAGGAUGAUAGCUGUGAACUGGGCUUGCAAACUGGACCAGAAGGACUGUCUCGACAAAGUGCUCACCCUCUACAAGCAAUGGAUGGCAAAUCCAGACAACACAAGCCUUAUUUCACCAAACCUCAAAUGGACGGUGUACUGCAAUGCCAUAGAGGAGGGUGGGGAGGCCGAGUGGGACUUCGCGUGGGACCAAUACCUAAAGACCAACGUCGCCAGCGAGAAAACUCUCCUUCUCGCCGCUAUGGCCUGCACUAAAGAAGCUUGGAUCCUGUCUAGGUACCUUGAGAUGGCCAUUAACGACACCAGUGGCAUGAGACUACAAGAUGUAAAGGUUGUAUUAGAGUACGUCGGCACCAAUGACGAGGGACGCUCCUUGGUAUGGGACUACCUCACACGUAACUGGAACGAUAUCUACACGUUCAAGAAGAGGAGGAGAGGAGAAUUAAUGAAGAAAAUAACGGAAUCCUUCAAUACAAAACAAGAACUUGAAAAGGUCCAGUCCUUUGUGAGGAGUGGCGUGUCCUUGGAAGGGAACCAGAAGAACGUCCGGCAAGUCGAAGAGGCAGUUAGAAACAACGUCGCCUGGAUGGACGCCAACUAUGACGUCAUAGUCCAGUGGCUGGAGGAGAACGGCUACUCCGCGAAACUUAGGGUCGCUUAAUAUCAUCGUUCGUCGCCUUUCUUUACAUUUGUUUGAAGAUUAUCAGGCAUGUACACACACACACACACACACACACACACACACACACACACACACACACACACACACACACACACACACACACACACACACACACACACAUGCACACACACACACACACACACAUACACAAACACA